UAUUUCUGCGCUUCAAUGGCUGUCCUCCUGCAGACACACUGAGGAUUUGCAAUCCACGCGUGGAAGAAUGAUUAAUCUCAUACUGCAUGCACGUCUAAUUUGAUUGCAUGUUUGAUUCAGUUAAAGGCUGCAUUUCCUCUCUAAUGCCGGGAAUUAUUUCCAGCUUUAAUCGACCUUACACAAGAUAACCUCAAACUAGAGGAGACAUACUGUCUGUUUGACAGCUCUCAAGUGCAUCUUGAUUUUUUAUAUAUAUUUUUUUCUGUAUGUACGACGACUUUUAAAUCCAAAAUUAUUUUUAUAUUUCGUCUAUAAUCGUCGGAGCAACAUUUAAGCCUGUUGUUAUAAUAAUAAUAAUAAUAAUAAUUGCAAGUCCAAAUUUGAAACGCGUCUCGGACAGCUUGUACUUUGCGAACUGAAUCCGAAUCGUCGCCGCUUCAUUAAAACACAAUAGCAGGGCUAAUCUAGAUUAAUUUUUGUUCAACAUUUCAGACUCGGAUGCCCACAGCGCCUGUAUGGGAGUGAAACUCUCCCACACGGAAGUGACUUACACACGUUAGGCCAGUGAUCGUUUGUGUUUUUCUAGGUGAAUUUAUAUUAGUUGCGUCCAUUGAAUUAGUUAUUAAAAUGAUUCCUGACAAGGCACCAGGCGAGGAAGUGUUACACGCUUCAGGAGACUUGAAGAAACAAGCGCACAUCCCCAGCUUUGAGAAAUACAAAGAGCUCUACAUCAGAUCUGUCGAGUCUCCUGAGGAGUUCUGGGGAGAUGUUGCCAAAGAUUUUUUCUGGAAGACAAAAUACACCGGGAAGUUCCUGGACUACAAUUUCGAUGUGACCAAGGGUGAAAUUUUCGUUAAGUGCAUGGAAGGUGCCACAACCAACAUCUGCUAUAAUGUUUUGGACCGCAACGUCCAUGAGAGGAAACUUGGUGACAAAGUGGCUUUUUACUGGGAGGGUAAUGAACCUGGAGAUGAGAAGACGGUGACCUACAGAGAACUGCUUCAGCAAGUCUGCAAGCUUGCCAAUGUCCUCAAGUCACAAGGUGUGAAGAAAGGUGACCGUGUAUCUAUUUACAUGCCCAUGGUGGUGGAGCUGGUGGUGGCUAUGUUGGCCUGCGCUCGGAUUGGAGCGGUCCACUCUAUUGUGUUCGCCGGUUUCUCCGCCGAGUCGUUGUGUGAAAGGAUCAUGGACUCUCAAUGCUGUAUUCUUAUAACGGCAGAUGGUUUUUACCGCGGUGAUAAGCUGAUCGGUCUGAAGCUAAUAGCUGAUGAGGCGCUACAGAAAUGCAGGGACAAGUCUUUCACAGUGGAGAAGUGUAUAAUGCUAAAACACCUCACAAAAGAAGAUGAGGCUUCGUCUGGAUCGCUGUCGCCCCCUGCGAAACGCACCUGCCCCGAUCUGCAGCAGGAGAAACAGAAAGAAAGAGUAAGGAAGGUCCGUCCGUCCCCACAGGUGCCGUGGAAUCCUGAGGUUGAUUUGUGUUGGCACUCUCUGAUUGGUGGAGCAUCAGAGGAGUGUGAGCCUGUCUGGUGUGAUUCAGAAGACCCGCUCUUCAUCCUUUACACCAGCGGCUCUACUGGGAAACCUAAGGGUGUAUUGCAUACAGUGAGUGGCUACAUGCUUUACACUGCGGCCACCUUUAAGAUGGUGUUUGAUUAUCACUCUGAUGAUGUGUACUGGUGCACUGCAGACAUUGGUUGGAUCACCGGCCACUCAUACAUCACAUAUGGGCCCUUGGCCAAUGGCGCGACCAGUGUGUUGUUUGAGGGUCUUCCCACAUACCCGGAUGUGAGCCGAAUGUGGGAGAUUGUUGAUAAAUAUCACGUCUCCAAGUUCUACACAGCACCCACCGCCAUCCGGCUCCUGAUGAAGUACGGCAGUGAGCCCGUUCAGAAGUAUAAGCGGACCUCCCUGAAGAUUUUGGGGACCGUAGGGGAGCCCAUAAACCCAGAAGCCUGGCAGUGGUACUACAGUGUGGUGGGAGAGAAGAGAUGUCCAGUGGUGGACACCUUCUGGCAGACUGAGACGGUAUGAACUGGAUUCUAACCAUUAAGUCCAGAGCAGUAACAUCCAUGUUGCUUUGGAACUGUC